AUGGAUCUGCACACCUUGGUCAUGACCCAGCAGAGGAGCAGCUUAAACCAUUGUCCAAGCAGAAUAGAAGCACCAAAUAUGACACAUGUCUCAGAAUUCUAUCUCAUGGAACUGUCAGAGGACCCAGAACGGCAGCACAUCCUCUUUGGACUGUUCCUGUCCAUGUACCUGGUCACAGUGCUUGGGAACCUGCUCAUCAUCCUGACUGUCAGCUCUGACUCCCACCUCCACACCCCCAUGUACUUAUUUCUCUCCAACCUGUCCUUGGCUGACAUCUGCUUCAUCUGCACCACUGUCCCAAAGAUGCUGGCGAACAUCCAAACUCACAGCAGAGCCAUCUCCUAUGUGGGCUGCCUGACACAGAUGUCUCUUUUUCUCAUUUUUGGAUGUAUGGACGACAUGUUUCUGACUGUGAUGGCCUAUGACCGCUUUGUAGCCAUCUGUCAGCCACUGCAUUACCAACUCAUCAUGAACCCUCGCCUCUGUGUCCUCUUGGUUUUGGUGUCUUUUUUCUUGGGCCUUUUGGAAUCCCUGCUGCACAAUUUGGUGGGAUUACCAUUUACCAAUUCCAAUUCCAGUGUUGAAAUUGCUAAUUUCUUCUGUGACCCCUCUCAGGUCCUCAGUCUUUCUUGUUCUGAUACCCUUACCAAAAAUACAGUCAUGUGUUUUGUUGGUGCCUUCUAUGGUUUCCUUCCUCUCUCAGGGAUCUUUUUCUCUUAUUAUAAAAUUGUUUCCACCAUUCUGAGAAUCCCUUCAUCAAGUGGGAAGUACAAAGCCUUCUCCACCUGUGGGUCUCACCUCUCAGUUGUUUGCUUAUUUUAUGGAACAGCCAUUGGAGUGUACUUUUCUUCAGAUCAGUCAUCUUUCACCAGGAAGGGUGCAGUGGCCUCAGUGAUGUACACUGUUGUCACCCCCAUGCUGAACCCCUUCAUCUACAGCCUGAAUAACAAGGACAUUAAAUAUACCCUGAGGAAGUUGCACAGGAGAACAGUGUAA